AUGGAUAAGUUGAAAAGCGUUUUCAGUGGGGAUAGUGAACAGGAAAACAAAACUAUUGUUACACAGAUCAGUGAUGCCACAACCUUGAGCUGGUCGACCAGAAUCAAGGGAUUUCUGGUGUGUUUUGUUCUAGGGGCAGGCCUCUCCAUCUUGGGCAGCUGCUUACUGUUUGUUCCAAAAAACGGCAUAAUUAUAUUUGCGGUGCUAUACACAGUUGGAAAUAUACUAGCUUUACUAAGUACCUGUUUUCUUAUGGGUCCUGUAAACCAGGUUAAAAAGAUGUUUGCCAAGACAAGAGCUAUAGCCACUGUACUGGUUUUUGUUAUGUUGAUCCUGACUUUAGUCUGUGCCUUUGCUGUAAAAAUUAACGCUCUGACAAUAGUUUGUUGUAUACUACAGUUUCUUGCUCUUACAUGGUACUCACUGUCAUACAUCCCAUUUGCACGGGACUUUAUAAUUAAAUGCUUUGGUGCUUGCCUGGACUAA